AUGUCCGAAGAUAUUUUACCUUCUCUUGAAGAAAUUAAAAAAUUUGACACAGAUAAUCUCAUAAAAUUUUUAAAGAAACAAACAUUAAAUCUUCAUGAUAACCAUUUUAAUAUAAUCCGCAAUGAAGAAAUUGAUGGUGAAGUGUUUAUUGAUUCGACCAAAGAAGAAUUAAGAAAUUAUGGCAUGAAAGGAGGGACUGCAAAAAAAAUAGCAAAGUUUAUUGGAAGACUGAAGGAGGUAAAUGAAGAAUUUGAUGAGAAGCUACAAGAAAUUGAAGAUGAUUCAAUUGAAAUCGUAUCAGAAUCAUAUUUAAGAAUUAAAGAUAAAAUAAAAUUUGAAAAGUUUAUAAAAACAAUUCCUAAGGAUCAAAAUAGUGUGAAAUAUAUCGAAUUUAAGGUGGAAUGUUGA